CACGCAUGCAAUCCCUGUUUGGGAACGCUGUCAAGGUUAUUUUUAGACCGGGAUUGCUGACUUGAGAGUGUAAACUUCAAGGAUUACCACUUCAGGGUGCGAUCUCGCCACCGUCUACCAGUUCAAGGUUUUUUUUGGACUUUUUCCCAAAAUAAAUAAGGGAAUAGCAGCACACCCAAUUGAAAAACAGAAGAGGAAAGGAGCUGUCUUUUUUCAUUGCGAUGGCCGGCGGUUGGUCCUCCCUCCCGGCCGAUCUUCUCUAUCAGAUCUCGGCUCGCCUGAUCUCCGAUGCCGACCAGCUCCACGCCCACCUGGCAUGCGCCCACUGGCGAGCCACUAUUCCUCGUCCGGCCGCCUACCGCCCGUGGGUCGUCGCCGCCCGACAGGCCCCGGACGGACUGAGCCCAGUCGGCGAGCACUCCUUCCUGCUCCCUCGCGGCGUCCCGGGCGUCGACUUCCAGGCGAUCCCACCCGGCCUCCCGUACUGCUGCGGCGCGCCUCGCGGCUGGCUCGCCCUCGCGGACGACGCCCGGUCCCCGACGCGGCUCGUGCUGUGGGAGCCCCACUCCGGCACCGAGAUCCCGCUCCCGUGCCCGUGCCCAGUCAUCCAGGUCUUCCUCUCCGGCGACCCGCUCGAGUCGUCGGACUGGACGGCCGUCGCGACCCGGCUCAGACGGCCCAGGGCGCAUAUUAUCUUCUUCUGGCGGCCCGGGGACGCCUCCUGGAGCGGCCCGGCCACUGUCCCUUGCGCGAAGCUCUACAGCGUCGAAUUCCAUGCGGGGAACAUAUACUGCAUAGACGGCAUGUUUAACCUGUCCAUCUACGAUCUUCAACUCGGCACAAGGUCUCCUCCCAUUGCUCGGUCAUGUACCCUUGUCAGUGGUCAGAGUCGUGGGCUAUCCGCAAGUCUCUCAGGGACUGCGUGCGUGCGGUGCACGUCGUGGCCUGCCGCGGCGAGCUCCUGCUAGUUCUGCUGUUCCACGGCCGCCACCCGUCGCUCAUGGAAAUCUACAGGCCGCCGUGGACGCUCGGAUGCGCCUUCCAGAUCGGUGAGAGGGUGACUGACCUCGGGGGCUACACGCUCUUCCUCGGCCGCGGCGAUGCUUUUGCACUGUCUGCCAAGGAGUACCCUGCGAUCAGGGGGAACUGCGUUUACUACCUGGUGCACAACCUCCCCAAGUACAGGAAGGAUUGGGCAAUGGUGUAUGAUCUGGGGACGGGUGAUGUGGACGAUGUACCUUACCCCGAGGUGCACAAGCAGGAGAAUAGUUGCUGGCCAUACUCUUGGUUUUGUCCUCGAAGGCCUUUCCUGAAGACGCAGGUUGCUUAAGCAAUAAGCAUGGACUUUGAAAAUUAAUCUUUUCCUUGUGAAUUCCCUGUUGUAACUGUUUUAACCUAAGAACUUCGCGCCUCUUACAUUGUACUCCCUCCGUUCCUAAGUUUAAAACCUUUUAGAGAUUGCACUAUGAACUA